AUGGCGGCCGCCAGGGCUGAGCGCGCUCUUCAAAAAAGUGAACGACGCACCAGUGCGGCUGCUUUGGAGCUGAGCCAGCCAUCUCCAAGCCCAGCAACGACCGACUCGAAUGUGCAAGAAGGGCCUCCGCCCGCGAAGAAAGCAAGAGUCUUUAAGCUGCGAGGUCCCAAGCCCCAGGCCGACCAGGUCGAGGCAGACUCGAUCGCCGUAAAGCGGCCUAAGAGAGCACGAAAGCUGCCUGCAGCCUUGCGAGAUGACCAGUACACGGACUUUGUAUCAUCCCCUCCUCCGAAGCCAGUGAAGCGGGCGCCGUCUUUAGGCCACUCAUCAGGCCUCUCGUCUUUGUCGUCUGCGCCGCCCUCGCCUGCUGGUGAAGACGGUGAAUCACGCGAAGAAUCACCGUUCCAGGAUGAAGCACCUCUUUCAACCCUUGAUGGCUACGGCGACUUUGCGUCCUUUUACAUACAGGGCGGCGAUGAGCCCGAGAAGGAAAAGACGCCAAAACGGGGAAGACCGAAGGCAGAGAAUUCUAACGGCAAACGCAAGCGAGCUUCCACAUCAAGCAAGCCCCCUCCGAAGGGUGGCACAGAGGCAAAUGUAGCCAAGCCCAAGAAGUCUGUGAAGCAGCCAACAUCGCGCAGAGCAAGUUCGAGUGCAAAGGUAACGGCAGCGUCAGGCGUUCCUGCUCCAAAUUUGCCACAGCAACAAUCGAAGAUGCCUGAGGCUCCACGACUGCUGCCGCCACGGCCGCCACUGCCUCCGCCGCCGCCGCUGCCUCCUCGCCUGAUUCAAGGUCCACAACUGGCUAUGCAGCCACAGCACAUGCCAAGGCCACCGCCUGUGCCGCACCAUGGUCUGUCAACAUACCCUCAAAUACCGCCGCCAUAUCCAGGUCGUCAUCCACCUCCUGAACCUCCACGUCCACCGCCUCUACCAGCCCCAGCUCCAGUGAUUCGGUUCAUCGAGGUCCCUGUGGAUCCAAAGCCGUCCGAACCUGAUACAAUAGCUGUCAUGAUUGACAAGCUGACAUCGCUGUCCACAACCCUUAAGCAAUUCGGGGGGUUGCCUGCCGGAACAUUGAGCCCUCCGCCUGAGUCGAAGGCAUCCACCAAGCCGAAGCCAAAGGCCAAAGAGAAGCCGAAACCAGAGCACAAGCCUUCCGCCCAAAACGAGCAACUAGAUAGCUUUCUGGACUUCUUCGCAGUGGCUGACGAUUCCGAUGAAUCGGAAGAUGCACCAGCACCAACCCCGAUCCUCGAGCCUGAGACCAAGGAUUUCAACCAUGUGCUACCAAACCCGGGUAUUGCCGACACGCCGUUGACCCACGGCAUAGCAUUCAUCCAGAAUGCGCUCAAGUCGUGGGCGCAGCAGCGCAUGACUCAUCAGAUCAUGGCUCAAUGGAACGAUGGCCAGGCACGAGGUCACUUCCAACCACAGAACAAUGGUCGUCGUCAACAAGGCCGGUCGAAGCAGCUUGAUGCUCGAACAGGUGGACCCCCUGCAGUGAUCGAAAUGAAUCUGUAUGAUACACCAGAAGGUCUCGCUAUCAGGAAAUUCCAGCAAGUUCUCGACUCGGGCUGCUUGCAAGCCAACACGGUCCUGCCAAUCGAGCUUGGCCGUGCCCUGCGACACUUGUACAUGCAGAUUGACAGUCUGAUCAACCAGGGUCGCGCUGUUGACCAUGGUAUACCCUGGCACUGCAUGUCAUAUGGGGCCCAAUUCGCAGCUCAUCAGAUCCGUCUCAGCCAAUGGAAGGAAGAAGAGACCAGACGUUUGCAGGACAUCGGUCUGAUGCAGCACCAGCAGCACCAUCAGGUCAUGACACCAAUGGGUAUGAACGUUCACACAACACCGACGGGACACGACGAGGCUCACUACCAGCAUGCUCUGGAGCUGGAGAGACAACGAAGCGCGCAACAUGCGCAACAGCAAAUGUACAGCUCUUCUCAGCAACAUCCCAACCCGCUUGAGCUCGGGUCGCAAUUACCACCUACUCCUGACGGACCUUUGCCAGCGACUGGGCCUGACCAGCAGAUUGCCCCUAAUGGAAGUGGCGGUCCAGGAACACCAGACACACCCGACGGCGCGUGUGGCGUUGACGCGAACGGGGUGCCUCCGAGAAAUCAUCUCGAGAGGAUGAAGAUGUACAUGCCAGGUUUCCUGCCCCGUUCUGGCCAGUCCAUGAAGUUUUCCUUUGCGCCACAGUCUGUUGAUGCUCUUCGCGCAUUCGGCCAACAGGCGUUCCCCGUACAGAGUGCUUUGGGCCCCCAAAUGCCCAAUCGAGGGCCUAUGAUGGACGUGCCUCGUCCGCUGAGCAGCACCCCUGCUGUGCAGACAUCCGUCGGUGACACAUCCAUGACUGAUGCCGUUCGGAGCCCCAGUGCUAGUAACACGGCGGAAGAUGCUAUCGACUUGACCGCUUCUGAUGGUCCCCAGCCUCCACACACCACUAGCACUGGACCCGCAAGCGGCGGGCCUCCCACCAGCAAUGGUUUUGCUAGUGGUUUUCAGGCGAUUAACAAGCCACAACCAGCUCCGCAGGCUCAGCCGGUACAGGACACCAUCCCGGAGGUUGCAGCGUCACCACAGCCAGUGACUGCCAAGUUGACCCUCAAGCGGCGGCCUCGCGUUUCUACUGGCAGUAAUGCAGUGCCGGAUGGCGCUUCUGGUUUGCACUGA